GCUCUGCGGGCCGGGAGGGGCUCUGAGCUGUGGCGGCCGCGACGCCGCGCCCGCUUGCGCUUGCUUUCUCCCGCUAGCCGGCUGGCUGGCCCCGCGCCGCAGGACCUGCGCUUCGCUUCCCCUGGCCAUGCAGCGCCUGGCCAUGGACCUGCGGGUGCUCUCCCGGGAGCUCUUCUUCUACCUGGAGCAUCAAGUCCGGGUUGGGUUCUUCGGCUCGAGAGUGGGCUUAUCCCUGAUUCUGGGCUUCAGCGCCGCUUAUGCCUGCUACUACCUGAGCAGCAUUGCCAAGAAGCCCCAAUUAGUGACGGGGGGUGAGAGUUUCAGCCGCUUCCUUCAGGACCACUGCCCCGUGGUGACAGAAACGUACUACCCGACGGUCUGGUGCUGGGAGAGUCGAGGACAGACGCUGCUGAGACCCUUCAUCACGUCCAAGCCCCUGGUGCAGUACAGGAAUGAACUUAUUAAAACUGCAGAUGGAGGACAGAUUUUGCUGGACUGGUUUGAUAAUGAUAACAGUAAGUGUUUUAUGGAUGCCAGCAUCAGACCGACUAUCUUAUUGUUGCCCGGCCUCACUGGAACAAGCAAAGAAUCAUAUAUCCUUCAUAUGAUCCAUCUUAGUAAAGAAUUGGGAUACAGAUGUGUGGUUUUUAACAACAGAGGAAUGGCGGGGGAGAAUCUCUUGACGCCAAGGACGUACUGCUGUGCUAACACUGAAGACCUGGAGACGGUGAUUCACCACGUCCACACUCUGUACCCUUCUGCUCCUUUUCUGGCAGCAGGGGUUUCAAUGGGAGGAAUGCUGCUUUUAAAUUACCUGGGGAAAAUUGGGCCAAAAACUCCUUUGAAGGCAGCUGCAACUUUUUCAGUUGGCUGGAACACUUUUGCUUGCUCGGAGUCGUUGGAGAAACCACUCAACUGGCUUCUUUUUAAUUAUUAUCUGACAACGUGCCUGCAGUCUUCAGUGAAUAAGCACCGGCAUAUGUUUGUAAAGCAGAUUGACAUGGAUCAUGUCAUGAAGGCUAAAUCCAUCAGAGAGUUUGAUAAGCGAUUCACUUCAGUCAUGUUUGGAUACCGAACAAUCGACGAUUACUACACUGAUGCCAGUCCAAAUCGUAGGCUGAAAUCAGUGGGGAUUCCAGUGCUGUGUCUGAAUUCUGAGGAUGAUGUUUUUUCACCCAGUCAUGCCCUUAAUACAGUCUCACUACACUGAAAUAGGGGGCGAUCGUCUGCGUUGAGAGCACGGGCAGCCGGCGUCCUCCACGUGGCUCGAAUGUGGCGCAGCCGUUUGUUCUUCUGAUGUGACUCUAUCUAUCAGUGUUAGAAGUUCCUGAGUGUAUCCAGAGUGUGAAACCGGGGCUCUCCAUAAUUACAUUAGAGGAAAAUGAAGCACUCUAAAUCUAAGCCCUUAAAGUAAGGUGAAAAAGGAAAAGCAAAAAUAGCAUCAGUCAUUUCGCCUGCCCACUCCCCCCAAACCCCCUUAAGCUCUCACACCUGAUCCCAAGAUAGGAGAUGUUUAUUUUUAGGUGUGGCUGGCUAAGGAGGUGAGUUCAGGACUCCUUUUAGACAAGGACUAGACUUGCUGGGCCUUUCUUUAGGAUCUCUAAGUUUAUUCUUCAAGGAGCGUUGUGAAGGAUCAGAUGAAGAGCAUCAUCUCAACGGGCGGUUUGGGCACGGCAGCCGCUCUGCCUUGGAAGGAGGUCGGUUCUCCAAUAGCAUGUCAGCCUCCUUUCCUUCCUUAGAAGGGCGUAGGGUAGGGAGAUCUUACCUUUAAAUAAUUCAUUCAUCCCUAAGACUUUACCCAAGAUAUCGGGCAAAGAUAUUACAUCAAGCGUGUUGUCUGAACCAGGGAGAUAAGAUUUAGUCAUAUCUGAAAUCAAAACACUUCACAUGGCAGUUGUGAUCCAUUAUAGGUCUUAAAUCAAAACAUUUUCACUGUUUGAACUCUAAGCAUGGGAGAAAAAACAACUGUAAUUCAUGUCCUUUAGAGUAAAGUUUUUACUCCGGAUAAAUUUUGAAGAGCAAAUGAAAAGACUGUCAUUACUGGUGAAUUAUUUAAAUACAGCAACUAUAUUUUCGAAAUAAAGUUUUUCUUUCUCCUGACUAUAAAUAGAAACAGAGAAGCAAGAAAAAGAAAAAGUAAUCAAUGUUUCACCACCCAAAGAUAAACACUGUUAUCACUUGGGAGUAUUUUAGUCCAUCCUUUUUCGCUAUGUAUGUUUUUACUGUGUAAAUCAUAUUUAUAAUUCUGAAUCCUUAAUAUAGCCACCAGUUGGCCCCAGAAAUCUAACUUCAUGUAAAGUUAACCAGUCUUACAUAAUGAAUUUAUGACUCUCACAAAGGUAAUAAUAUUAAUUGUAUUUUUUUCCCUGCUGUAACACCUAAGUGGGAAUCUUGUAGCAAAAUGUAAAUAUUCACCAUUUCUUGAAUUAUCUUGCUUUAAUUUCUCAAAAUAAGACUGGGCCUAUACUUCUAUGUUAUGAUUAAACACUUGGGUUGAUUUUUUCCAAAAACGAUGGUCCAGUACGUAACGGGAGACAUAAACUAUUAUAAGACUAAGAUGGUUGACAUAAAUUAGUCAGACUUAUUCUAUUAGCCAUACUCAUUAAAAAUAUUUAUUUGUUUAGUGGUGUUUUGGUUUAUAAUGAUUGGAAAUGAUAAAGGCAUACACUUUUCCUAACAAAAACUGGUAGUAAUUAUGUUUUUUCUCUCUCCUACCUCUCUGUUACCCCUCCCCCCUUUUUUC